AUGGCAGAGUUUCUCUCAUCGAAUCAGAUCGGCUUUCAUAAGAUUGAAGUUGCUUUUUUAGAGCUUCAUUUUCAAGUUUUAAAAGGUUCAUUUGGUUGAUAUCAUGAAUACUCCCCUCGAUUGCUUGCUGAUAACGAAGUUUCAAGUUUGAAUGUUCAGAAAGAACAAGCAAAUAUGCUUUGUAUAGUUCAUCAUACUGCUCUUCGAGGUAUUUAUUCGUUUUAUCCAUCCAAAUUUUAUUAUAAAUUUCCAAGUAUGGCCAUAUCUGUUUUUGUUUAA